GUACCCCCCACCCCCACACUCUUUAUAUUAGCCUCCUCCGAUUAAUGUGCUUCACAAUCUUUGACGCACAAAUCACAUCACUCUCAUGUUACAUUCUCCUGCACACAUCAUGCAUUGCUCGCGCGACGUCACGCUUCACUCUCAUGAGGCGCGUUCAGAACGCUCCUCAUCGCCAUCCACUAGCAGCAUGACGAGUUCAUGUAGUUCCGAUCCUUCGUGGCUAAUAUCGCCGAGUCACAGUACAGAAGACAUUUUUCAAACGAUCACAAAGGUCAGAAAAAGCUGGAAAACUCUGAAGGGUAAUACUGAGCCUGUAUGGCCACCUUAUCUCGAGGCCACGAUGCUUAAAGCUCACUCAUCUAGGCCUUCAAGAAUAUGAACCCGUUGCCUCGCGGGAAACCCAAAUUUUGGGUCGAUUCCCUAUGCGCAAUCGCUUCAUAUCGGAGUACAUUUACCGCAAGACGGGAAAGCACAGGUCAUCAAAGCAAAUAGGCAGUCGUCUACAACAAUUUAGGGACACAUCCGAGGGACGGGAAUUGAUCGAUUCCCUCACCCGAUGUUAUCUUACGCGGAGUGAAGUCGGCUCGUCACGGAGGUUUUCUCCUCAUAAACAUGGGUUUGAGGGUGAAUCCAAGCCUCCGCUUUCCUAUUUAUCCUCGGACUCUUCAACAAGCGACAGCUCAUCAACCUCCUCAUCCGCUGACUCGCCCAUGUCCUCUGCACGUCAUUACAGCCAAGCCAUGCCAUCAUCUAAACAAAAUAACCUUCCCGAUACGCGUGCUCCAGUAUACAUUGACAUUUUACCAGAGUCUAGCUCACUCUCGAGCUCUUCUUCAUCACGUUCACGUGCACCAUCCUCUUCCGCUACAACCCACCCCUCAUCGAACACACCGCGUCGCAUGAGGGACAUUGAUCCCACCGUAACCUUCGUCUCGCCCUCUGCCGUGGUUGGCAAAUCAUCCUAUAUAGUGUUAUUAGAUGGCGCACCCAUACACAGCGAGGACACGAAACUCGAAUGCGUUGGACCAUAUUUCACCGGUUCUUCCGGUGACGGUCCAUUGCUAUACAGCACAGCUCUAGCUCCCAAGUAUUGGGAGACCUUGUGCAAAUCUCCAGACCCUACCAUAUACACCAUCAUUCAAGAUGUGUACCGUGCUCCAGACCCAACAACUCCUACAAGGUCUUCGGGUCGCCCACGCCCUGUUCUUAUCUUCUCUGCUAUAUACCACUUCAGAUACCCAGUCUCUGCACGCACGCCCCCCUCUUCCAUGUCAUCACACUUUGCAUAUCAAGCCAAUUCACCAGUUCUCGCAAACAAUGCCUAUGCUUAUCCCGAUUCAACCAACCCCAUCCGUCCGCACCCAUUCCAAAACUAUCCUAUGUCUCCGAACCCCUCGGGCCAAGGCUGGCCUCACGCGCACGAAUACAACACGCCAAACCGGCUGGAUGAGCCAUUUAUGUUGGACGUCAACCUGAAUGGCUUCUCCUUCGAUGACUUCAUGACCAACAUUCAUGAAUCGCCUGAGACGACACCAACACAAUCGUCGUCGUCAAGCUUCCCGAAGGACAUCCGUAAUUAUAUCAUGUAAAAAUGUAGUGCGCAUAUAAUCGUAAUAUUGGCAUGUACUGUAUGCUUGCUAUAUUGUAGUCCCCAGUGGGGCCAGCUACUUCCAGAU